AUGCCUGUUCAAGAAGGCUCCUCCACCUCCGCCGCUGGCAGUGCGCGAACACGAGCCCUGUCACCGGCCUCGCCGCAAGUGCCUGGCAACUCGUCUCAUCAACACGCCUCGACCUCUGCGGCCUCUGCGGCAUCCACGUCGACUACCACACAGCACACGAGGGACAUGGGUCGUCUGUGUAUGCAGGACCAGGACGAGGAGGUCGAUGUCAAGCCCUUGAUCGUCGUACAGGACGGAGACGCGAGUGAGCCCCAGCCCGGUUUCAGCAGUGGUGAGUCGGGUUCGAAUGGCCCACUCUUUGGGCGCCUCGCGGUCGCGUUCGUCCGCCUCGCAUCGCCGUCUCGUUCCAGCAGUGCGCUCUGUUGGAUAUGGCAUUCAAUGCCCCCCCACCGAUCACCGGGACCCCCAAACACAUCUCAUCUCUGUGCACGGUCCGACUGCGGCGUCACAUGCGUGCGGACGUCGAGCGGCGCGCCUGGGGGAUGGCCGACGAUCUCGGCUCUCCGAUCUCGUCUGAACCCGAAGCCUGCGCUGACCCUUUCGGGAAUCUUUCGGUCGCUUCUCGGCCUGUCUCCUUGCGAAUUCCUCAGACCCAACCAGCUCGAAAAGGAGGCGUUCGUCGUCACAUUCGGUCUCGACCUCGGCACUCAACCUACUACAACAAGCCCUACUGCAUCACCAACAACAGAGCGACAUGCGCGUCGACAACGACGACCACCUUGACGGCGAUGACGAGCACGCCCACGGUGAUCUCGCCGGCGGUCCAGGCGCAGCGGCGGCCCGAAAGCCAUCGUCGCGCCUGCUCGCGCCUCGAGCCACGUCGAGUCCGUCCCGCGCCGUCUCGGUCACGUCCGAGGUCGACUCGCUCGCCAGCAGUAGCAACGAUGCUCUACAGACACCCCCGACCAAGAAGUUGCGCAAGGGCGCUCGUCUCGGCCGACUUGGUCCCAUCCUCGAUAAGAUUCCGAUCGAGUUGCUCGCCGACGUGAGUCGCGCCUUACCCCUCUCUCUCUCUCUCGGACGGACCUCUUAAUUGCGAUUCGUUCCUGAGCGCUCGAGGGCUUCAGCGCACGCACGGGGCUUCUCCGGACUGACAUUGAUCUCGCAUACCUCAUUUCCACUUUGAUUUGCACCAGGUCCUCGCCUACCUCCCACCCGUAAUGCUGCUUCGUCUGGCUCGCACGGCCAAAGUGUUCAGGAGCCUCCUCAUGAGCAAGCACCACUCGCGUGCCAUCUGGCGUCGCGCGUUCAAACGUGACGGCCUCGGACCUUUUGCGGUCGAGGACAUGCCCGAACCUCAGAUUGCUGCUCUGAUCUGGGACAAGGAGUGUUUGGUGAGUCGAGCGCACGGUCGACACCUAAGUGCCCGGUCAGAUGCCCCGAGGUCCGGAGGGGGUAGAGGAAAGCAAGCUGAUUCACCUUCGUUUCGUGCUCAAAUUUCAGGCCUGCGGUCGAACAAAGGUGCACAAGAUCGUCUACAUUCUUGAAGGACGAUACUGCGAUCCCUGUUUGAAGCAAAAGUGGGUGGCAGCGCGACUUCAACCGUUGAUUCCGGCAUCUCAUAGCAAACUCAGAACAAUCGCUGACGUUUGAGGUAGCACAAUUGCGAUACAGAGUUCGGACUCGAUCUCAGAUUCAGUCCGCCCAUCCUUGUCUCCAUCCCAAUGCAUUUGAAUGCGCACCAUUCUCAACGGGUAAGCUUUCAAUUUAGCACGAGCUUCGUCUGUGACGACCUCGCAACUGACGGUCAUUUGUUUGGCAUCGAUGCCCACAGCUCCCCCUUGUCGUGGUGGCAAUUGGCCCGCUCUUCCUGGGCAAUACAUGGCCGGCGAAUACUGGCUCGAGGAAACGGUGCUCAAACGCAGCGAGGAGCUGCACGCACACGAAAGUGAGGAUCAGCAGCGCUGCGACGGUGGGGGCCGCGUGGCGAAGCGCGUGGCGUACUGGAAGGAACGCUUGCCUUUGAUUGAGCGGGACGCGCAGAUGUUGCAGAGGUGGCAGGCCGAGUUGGAUUCGAGUCGUUCAAGCGACAAGCGUAGCUUGCGCAUGGAGAGGACCAAGGUGUGAGUUUCGCCUCGGGCAAAUCGGACUUCAUGGGGACGCGUGCGCGCUUUAUCGCUGAAACUCAACUCAACUGUCUUUCGCCAUAGUAUCCGACAACGCUGCCUUGAUGCGGGGUACGAUGCCCGAGACGUCGACAUCGCCGUUCGUCCCGAAAGUGCGGUCUAUGCCCACAUCAACCAGCCCUACCCUCUCACAGAUCGAGGUAGGUCUUUUCUGUCCGGGAAACCAGACGAUCGGUGCGUCGGGAGCUGAAUUUGUGCAUCCUUUGCGCACCCCCAGUCUGGCGCAAGAUCGAACGACCCAUUCUAAGUCACGUUGCAGCACUGCGCGACCAAAGGCUGAGUGACGAAACUCGGCAGAUCCUGUUCGACCGCUUCCGCGAAGAGGCGGCACGUGCCCAAGAAGCCGCAGCCGAACGUCACUCUCAAGAGUUGCAGGAGUUGCGUGAACGUGAUCGAAGCGCUCAGGCCGCCGUUGCUGCGACCUUGGCCGCCCACGCACAAAGGACCACCGCGGGCGGAUCGCCUGCAGUGGGCGGGUCCACGUCUUCGUUCGGGACGGGGAUUGGUCAAUCGCCCCAGAGGACCGUGGGCAAUGGAAUGCCGCCGUCGUCGUUGACCUCGGCUUGGAACCCGUCGCUUGCGCAUCAGGUGAGUCACGCUCGGUUCGACGUGAGAAUUUUGCUCGUCACUCUUAGCUGAAGCUCUGACUUGUCAUCCAGCAGCAACAGCAACAACAGCAACAACAUCAACAGCCGUACCAAGCCCAUGCCCAGUACUUGAACGCGCUUCGCUAUGGAUCGACGCACGGCCCUCGCAGCAACUCGGCACCAUCGGCGUCGCCGCUCUAUCCCUCGAUGGGAUCCUACCAGCGACCAGCGGCUGCCAACACCCUCAUGAACCCGGCUGUCGUCAGGCAACCUCUUCCUGUUCCCGUGAGUAUCACCAGUGCUGGUCCGUCACUCACACCUCCGAGUCACCCGCUCAUCGUCGCUCAUCACGUCAUAUAGAACAGGACCCGCAUGACGCCUAGCGGCUCGAACGCCCCCGACCAUAGUCUAGGCGCCUGGUGGCUUGGCUCGUCACCCCGAUCCAAUCCGGCCCAUCAGUCGACAUCCCUCUCUCCUCGCACCCACCUUUCGAGGCCGUCCUCGACUGACCCGUGA